AUGGAUUUCGACGACGAUGCCCCGCCUGAUCUGGUAGAGGCCGGAACUGAUCCUGCGGAUGAUGACCUGCCACCAUCGGAGAGCCAAAUCAAGGUCCCGAUCACAAUUGUUACCGGUUAUCUCGGAGCUGGAAAGACGACAUUGCUCAACUAUAUCUUGACGGCACAGCAUGGAAAGAAGAUUGCUGUGAUUAUGAAUGCGCUCGACAUUGAAAAGUCACUCACUGUUAACAAAGGCGAUGAGCAAGUUGAGGAGUGGCUCGAAGUCGGCAACGGCUGCAUAUGCUGCUCUGUGAAGGACACCGGUGUCAACGCAAUCGAGUCACUCAUGGAGAAGAAGGGCGCAUUUGAUUACAUCUUGCUAGAGACCACAGGGCUCGCGGACCCCGGCAAUCUUACGCCCCUGUUCUGGGUCGACGAUGGUCUGGGAAGCACAAUCUAUUUGGAUGGUAUUGUGACUCUUGUAGAUGCGAAGAAUAUUCUUCGCAGCCUCGAUGAUCCCGCUGGCAAGAUCGAGAUUGACGGGGAGCACAAAGAGGAUGACGGCCACAGUCACGGCCCGCUCAUGACGACGGCACACGUCCAGAUCUCACACGCCGACGUCAUUGUCAUUAACAAGUCAGAUCUGGUUUCUGAGGAAGAGCUGGGGCAGGUAAGGUCGAGGAUAGAGUCUAUCAAUGGACUCGCCAAGAUCCACGUCACCAAGCAGAGCGAGGUACCGAAGCUGGAGGGCUUCCUGCUGGAUUUGCAUGCCUAUGACCAAGUCACGGAACUUGAUACCAGCCAAAAGGGCCACAGCCAUCUAGAUUCGACCAUUUCAACCGUCUCGAUACCAGUGCCAAAGCUGGCACCUUCUCAAUUGAAAAACAUCGAUUGGUGGCUGAGAAAGAUGCUUUGGGACCGCAAGCUUCCUGGAGACGAGAAGACGACGGUCGACGUUCAUCGGUCAAAGGGACGGCUCAUCUUUGACAACGGCGACGUCAAACUCAUCCAGGGUGUGAGGGAAAUAUUCGAGAUUCUCGACUCGCCCGACCAAUCGCGCGAAGCCGCGCAAGCUGAGCGAGGCAAGAUAAUUCUUAUUGGAAGGUACCUCGAGGGUGUCGACUUUGAGAAGAGUUUGGUAGAUACACUCAACUCGACCCCAUGA